UUUGAGCCCCUCUCCUCCCUCCCUUGCACCAGCAUGAGGCCACACACAUUCUCAGUUGGAUCUUGGGCUGGGGCCGUUUUGGUUCAGUUGAAGUCCUACCAUAUGUAAAAGGUUUUCAGGCACCCUACUGCCCUACCCUACCCCCACCCCCAUAUUCAGUCUGAGCUUCUGCUGUCUGCCUCUCUUAUCACUCCUGGGAGGGGCCCCCGGCUGCAUGCCACAAAAGACUACCCAACCACCUUCAGAGCCCUCGCUGUGGCUCUGUUUAAUGGGUUGCUGUAGUUCAGCAGGAGCUGAGCUGAGUACGAUACAGAUGGUCACAAUGGGAGGAGUCUGAGCCCUGGUACUGGAUGGAGCCCCUGGUGAGGCAACCCAGUCUUCAGCUGAAAUUCAGAAUCCAGUCUCCCUUUGGCUGCAGGCCUCUGAGGAAACUGUCCCUGCUCAGGCCUUCCCAUGAAGGGCUGUAUGCCUCAGUUCUCCUACCUCAGCCAGUGCAUUCCUCCAAAUGGUCCUCAAGAGUGAGCUGAGGGUCUGAGAGAAGGCCCAGUUGACCCUCUAAGGCAGAAGUGGGCCUGCCAUAAUAAGAGCUAAUACUACUACGUGCGCUGGGCCCUCCUUAGUCACCCUAGUCCCUGGCAUGGCAUAGGCAGACCUGCAUGGGGCACCAUGGAUAUCCAGGAGGCUUGGCAGUGAAAGCCCAGCCCCAUUUACUCUACCACAGGACCCAGGGCACAGUGCAGAGAGCUUCCACUUUGCUGCCGGGGGAUCUUCUAGUUCUGGCCCCAGGGAGCACAAGGCCUAGGAAGUACUUAUUGGAAAAAACUGUCCUCUGAAUGUGGUCUUCAGACUGUCAGAAUCACCCUCAUGCAGUUUCUGAGAGUUGGGCCAGUAUUUUCUGCUACUAAAAUCAAGCCAUGUUGAAGAAUGAGCCUAUGUGGGUGGCAGGGACCCAGGGUACACUGGAACAUUGUAUUUAUUGUCCCAGAAAAUGGCAGCACAGCCCCUGCCCUUGGCCCCACCGUGGCUCACAUUGGAAUGGGCAUGGCAGCAGGCUACCAGCCCAGAUUCCAAAGCCUCUGGGGAGCAGCCAUAGGCUUGGUGGGUGCUGUUCACCCUGCACACAUGCCCUGGGUCUCUUUUAUGCCUGUUUUCUGCUUUUGUUCCUACCCUGCUCCUAGUAAGAACACCAAACCACUGCCUCUGGGGCCUGGGUGAUGCCAGGCCAGCUGUCCCUGAUUGUUACUGGCAUUCUGGUCAACAGUGAGCCCCUAAGUGCCUCUUUUGGUUGCCCUGACUCUUACAGGUUUCUUAGCUUCUCUGUAGUUCAGCAUAUAUUCUGGGGAGAUCAUAGUUAGAUAAAUGUGUGUACCUAGGACUAUAGGCACCUAGGAGUGUGGGGUGUACCUGCUUGGAGAUCAGGGGUGGGAAGACAGGCAAAUAGGGAAGGUGUUCCUAGUGGAGGAGCCAGCAUGUGCAAAGGGAAGGACCUGGUAAGAACCUAGUACAGGCCGGGCUUGGUGGCUCACGCCUGUAAUCCCAACACUUUGGGAGGCCAAGGAUUGUGUAUCACUGGAAGUCAGGAGUUCGAGACCAGCCUGGCCAACAUGAUGAAACCCUGUCUCUACUAAAAAUACGAAAAUUAGCUGAGUAUGGUGGCAUGCGCCUGUAGUCCCAGCUACUCAGGAGGCUGAGGCAGGAGAAUGGCGUGAACCCAGGAGGCGGAGCUUGCAUGAGCCAAGAUCGUGCCACUGCACUCCAGCCUGGGCAACAGAGCGAGACUCCAUCUCAAAAAAAAAAAAAAAAAAAAGAACCUAAUAUAACUUGUUUGCAGUGAAGCUGGAGUGGUCCACACAAGGGCUGGGGUUCUCAAACUCCAGGUAACCUGCAGUGUGAUGUGGUCAAAUUGCAGUUAGAGAGACUCUCUUGCUACUGCUAAGGUGAUCUUGGGAUUAGAGAAAGAGGCUAGACCUAGUUCUCUAGAACAGUGUUCAGAGGGGACUGAGAGCUCAAGGAGGGAAAAGUGGCUAGCAUUCCUUCAAGGUGUCAGGUGCUAGGGCAGUCGAGCAGGUUCUUAGCCAGCUAUGGGCCAGGCCUCAUGAGUUUAGCUUGGGGGUGCCCUUGUACUUGGCACUUAAGAGUCCCAUUAGCUGACCUCCCCCACAAACCUUGACUGCUCCCUCCUACAGAGGCGGCAGAUGGCAAGAGGGGGAAGGGGUGCUCCUGUGUACCCCCGCUGUUGAGAACCAAGGCUGCCUUACAGGGGACCUCAGCCUGGGGACAGCCAUUAGCGUGGCCACACGGUGGCAGCAGAGAACUAACAGAUGGUUGCUGCAACCCCACCCCCAAAAAAGGGUGGGUGGGGUGAUCUAAGAGGGCUUGUGAAGUCUUCUCCCAACCCCCAGAGAUCCCUCUGAAAGUCUGGAGGUGGGAUUUGGGUCACCAGAACCCCUGUCUGUGCGCCAGGCUGAGAAUGUUUCAUUUUAGUUUUGCCUUGCCUAUCUUUAGAUGUGUUGACUGUGGAAUGCAGGAACCACGCCACGGUUUUCUCUGGGUGUUUAUUCAUUUCCUGGCCAAUUCUGCUUUGGAAAAGGAGUGUCUUUUAUGUCACCUCAGGGCACAGUAUCAACCCUGCACUGGGUGUGGCCACCCCCAGUUCCAUUUCCUCUUUCAGUCUUCAGGUGCUCAUGGGGCUCCAGGCUGGAAGGAGGGGGAGUCCUGCACUAGGGAUGGAGGAAGUGAAGUAUCCAGAGUAAACUGUGCUGGGGUGGGUGUAGCACUGGGUCUGUGGGACCCAGGAGAGGGGCCUGGCAAAGUCUGGAUCAAAAAGGCUUCCUGGAGGAGGUGCCAUUUAGGUGGCAAAAGGAGGAAAAGGAAAGAGUGCUCCUGGAAGGAGGAACAGCACUUACAAAGGUCAGGUUAGGAAGGGGAGGCAGGCACAGAAGUAUGGACUGAAAGGGGAGUGGGGAGAUAUAGCUCCCCAAGCCAGGCUAAAUCCUGUUGGGCUGAGGGCUCCUCUCUCCCCCAGUCUCCUUAUCUACAGCCUUGGGGCCCAUAGUUCACAGCCCAGACCCACCCUGUGGACCUUCCCUUUCUUCUAGGGUCCAGGCCCAUCUAGCUGAGGGGGCUGUCAGGCUAAGGUUGUCCCCCAGGGGCCUCAGUCUAGUGUUGAGGGACCAGUUACCAAGGGGCAGCUGCUGAGAUCCAGGUGUGGGACUAGGCUCCCCCACCCCCACUCCUCAUAAACAGAAGAGAGAACUCUGGGAAAUCACCUAGUCGGAACUACAUUUUCUUUCUUUUUUUUUUUGGAGAUGGAGUCUUACUCUGUCACUCAGGCUGGAGUGCAGUGGCACAAUCUCAGCUCACUGCAACCUCCACCCCCUAAAUUCAAGCUAUUCUCCUGCCUCAGCCUCCCUAGUAGCUGGGAUUACAGGCACCCACCACCACGCCCGGCUAAUUUUUGUUUUUAGUGGAGAUGGUUUCACCAUGUUGGCCAGAUCUGUCUGUUCACCAUGUUGCUCUUGAACUCCUGACCUCAAGUGAUCCACCUGCCUCAGCCUCCCAAAGUGCUGGGAUUACAGGCGUGAGCCACCACGCCCGGUCACACAUUUUAUUUUAAAAACAUUUUUAGCAGUUUUUUUGUUUUGUUGAGUUUUGUUAUGUUGCCCAGGCUGGUCUUGAACUCCUAGCCUCAAGCGAUCCUCCUGCCUUGGCCUCUCAAAGGAGUGCUAGGAUUACAGGCAUGAGCCACGGUGCCCAGCCCAGAACUACAUUCUCAUUGAAGAGAAUAAGAUCCAGCAAGGCCUACAGAGCAUGUUGGAAGUGUCCUGAGAGCCAAAGCCCAUGAUUCCUCCAUAUCGGGUGGCACUGGGCAGAGCCAGGAAGGAAGGGGGAGUCCCUAAGGCCCAUAUUGUGGAUUGUAACUCUAUUAUACAGCUUCCAUAUACUGAGGCUGCAGAGGAGGUACCAGAAUUAGGGUUGGGCCUCCACUUAUGUGCCUCUCUGACUCUGAGGUCCAGUCAGCAAGGCCAGAUCCCAUCCUAAGACCCUUAUGGCCCUGGGAGAGCAGGGCAUAACACACCUUCCUCUGACACCAUCUUGUCGCUGAUAGCUCAGGAGAAGCACAUGGAAGAAUGGUCCCGGCCGGGCGUGGUGGCUCACACCUGUAAUCCCAACAGUUUGGGAGGCUGAGGCGGGCGGAUCACCUGAGGUCAGGAGUUUGAGACCAGCCUGGCCAACAUGGUGAAACCCGUCUCUACUAAAAAUACAAAAUUAGCCGGGUGUGGUGGUGGGCACCUGUAAUCCCAGCUAUUCAGGAGGUUGAGACAGGAGGAGGUUGAGGCUGGAGAAUCGCUUGAACCUGGGAGGCGGAGUUUGCAGUGAGCUGAGAUCGCGCCACUGCAAUCCAGCCUGGGCCACAGAGCAAGGCUCCUUCUCAAAAAAAAAAAAAAAAAAAAAAAAAAAAGAACAGUCCUUUCCCACAAAGGGUGGCGCCCCCCAUAACCCCCAUAACAUCUCUUGUUAAGUGCCCCACAUCUCCCCUCUGCCCCUCUGGUCUUCCACACAAUCCUGGUCUCUGUUCUCCACAUGGUGGGCCCCCAGGCCACCUCUGGGCACCAGCCACUGAGGGUGUUGCUACUAAGUGCAAACUAGUUCCACUGCAAGCAAAGAGCCCAGGGUCCUGUCCCCUUCUCGCUUCGAACCAGUCGGUAGUGGAGGGAUGGGAUGGGACGGCUCAGACCGGCUCAACUCUCACCAGGCCACACCAUGCUGAGAAAAAGGCGCCAAGACGCCAGGAGAAGGUACACGAGCCAGGCUUCCAAGGGCCGGAAGAGUCGGAUGGGCGGAGGGCCCGGGCUAGGCCACGCCUCCCUCGCGGCCCCGCCCUCACGGCCCGACUCCGCCCGCCCAGCCCGGCGCCCUCGGGUCGGCUGAGCGCUAAGCGCCAGUGUGCAGCGGCGGCUGGGGCGGCAGGUGAGGCGGCUGGGGCAUUGCUGUCCGUGCGUCCGCAGGCGUCAGGUGCUCAGACCCGAGGGCCGGGAAGGGAUUUGGGUGACACAGGAACCUGGGGCGGGGGUCUGCUAUCUUGGGGCUGUCGGGACCGCUGCUUAAAGUUGGCCCAGUCCAGACCUCGAGUCGGGCCCCCAGCCAGGCCCACGUCCAGGCCCAGGCCCCGUAGGGAUCCACCAGGGUCCCAGCUCGCCUCGAUGGAGCUCCUCCCGCCGCUGCCUCAGUCCUUCCUGUUGCUGCUGCUGUUGCCUGCCAAGCCCGCGGCGGGCGAGGACUGGCAGUGCCCGCACACCCCCUACGCGGCCUCUCGCGACUUUGACGUGAAGUACGUGGUGCCCAGCUUCUCCGCCGGAGGCCUGGUACAGGCCAUGGUGACCUACGAGGGCGACAGAAAUGAGAGUGCUGUGUUUGUAGCCAUACGCAAUCGCCUGCACGUGCUUGGGCCUGACCUGAAGUCUGUCCAGAGCCUGGCCACGGGCCCUGCUGGGGACCCUGGCUGCCAGACGUGUGCAGCCUGUGGCCCAGGCCCCCACGGCCCUCCCGGUGACACAGACACAAAGGUGCUGGUGCUGGAGCCCGCGCUGCCUGCGCUGAUCAGUUGUGGCUCCAGCCUGCAGGGCCGCUGCUUCCUGCAUGACCUAGAGCCCCAAGGGACAGCCGUGCAUCUGGCGGGGCCAGCCUGCCUCUUCUCAGCCCACCAUAACCGGCCCGAUGACUGCCCCGACUGUGUGGCCAGCCCACUGGGCACCCGUGUGACUGUGGUUGAGCAAGGCCAGGCCUCCUAUUUCUACGUGGCAUCCUCACUGGACGCAGCCGUGGCUGCCCGCUUCAGCCCACGCUCAGUGUCUAUCAGGCGUCUCAAGGCCGAUGCCUCGGGAUUCGCACCGGGUUUUGUGGCAUUGUCAGUGCUGCCCAAGCAUCUUGUCUCCUACAGUAUUGAAUACGUGCACAGCUUCCACACGGGAGCCUUUGUCUAUUUCCUGACUGUACAGCCGGCCAGCGUGACAGAUGCUCCUAGUGCCCUGCACACACGCCUGGCACGGCUUAGCGCCACUGAGCCAGAGUUGGGUGACUAUCGGGAGCUGGUCCUCGACUGCAGAUUUGCUCCAAAACGCAGGCGCCGGGGGGCCCCAGAGGGCGGACAGCCCUACCCUGUGCUGCGGGUGGCCCACUCCGCUCCAGUGGGUGCCCAACUUGCCACUGAGCUGAGCAUCGCUGAGGGCCAGGAAGUGCUAUUUGGGGUCUUUGUGGCUGGCAAGGAUGGUGGUCCUGGCAUGGGCCCCAACUCUGUCGUCUGUGCCUUCCCCAUUGACCUGCUGGACACACUAAUUGAUGAGGGUGUGGAGCGCUGUUGUGAAUCCCCAGUCCAUCCAGGCCUCCGGCGAGGCCUGGACUUCUUCCAGUCGCCCAGUUUUUGCCCCAACCCGCCUGGCCUGGAGGCCCUCAGCCCCAACACCAGCUGCCGCCACUUCCCUCUGCUGGUCAGUAGCAGCUUCUCACGUGUGGACCUAUUCAAUGGGCUGUUGGGACCAGUACAGGUCACUGCACUGUAUGUGACACGCCUUGACAACGUCACAGUGGCGCACAUGGGCACUAUGGAUGGGCGUAUCCUGCAGGUGGAGCUGGCCAGGUCACUCAACUACUUGCUGUAUGUGUCCAACUUCUCACUGGGUGACAGCGGGCAGCCCGUGCAGCGGGAUGUCAGUCGUCUUGGGGACCACCUACUCUUCGCCUCUGGGGACCAGGUUUUCCAGGUACCUAUCCGAGGCCCUGGCUGCCACCACUUCCUCACCUGUGGGCGUUGCCUAAGGGCACAGCGUUUCAUGGGCUGUGGCUGGUGUGGGAACAUGUGUGGACAGCAGAAGGAGUGUCCUGGCUCCUGGCAACAGGACCACUGCCCACCUAGGCUUACUGAGUUCCACCCCCACAGUGGACCUCUAAGGGGCAGUACAAGGCUGACCCUGUGUGGCUCCAACUUCUACCUGCACCCUUCUGGUCUGGUGCCUGAGGGAACCCAUCAGGUCACUGUGGGCCAAAGUCCCUGCCGGCCACUGCCCAAGGACAGCUCAAAACUCAGAUCAGUGCCCCGAAAAGACUUUGUAGAGGAGUUUGAGUGUGAACUGGAGCCCUUGGGCACCCAGGCAGUGGGGCCUACCAACGUCAGCCUCACCGUGACUAACAUGCCACCGGGCAAGCACUUCCGGGUAGACGGCACCUCCGUGCUGAGAGGCUUCUCUUUCAUGGAGCCAGUGCUGAUAGCAGUGCAACCCCUCUUUGGCCCACGGGCAGGAGGCACCUGUCUCACUCUUGAAGGCCAGAGUCUGUCUGUAGGCACCAGCCGGGCUGUGCUGGUCAAUGGGACUGAGUGUCUGCUAGCACGGGUCAGUGAGGGGCAGCUUUUAUGUGCCACACCCCCUGGGGCCACGGUGGCCAGUGUCCCCCUUAGCCUGCAGGUGGGGGGUGCCCAGGUACCUGGUUCCUGGACCUUCCACUACAGAGAAGACCCUGUCGUGCUAAGCAUCAGCCCCAAAUGUGGCUACAUCAACUCCCACAUCACCAUCUGUGGCCAGCAUCUAACUUCAGCAUGGCACUUAGUGCUGUCAUUCCAUGAUGGGCUUAGGGCAGUGGAGAGCAGGCAGUGUGAGAGGCAGCUUCCAGAGCAGCAGCUGUGCCGCCUUCCUGAAUAUGUGGUCCGAGACCCCCAGGGAUGGGUGGCAGGGAAUCUGAGUGCCCGGGGGGAUGGAGCUGCUGGCUUUACACUGCCUGGCUUUCGCUUCCUACCCCCACCCCAUCCACCCAGUGCCAACCUAGUUCCACUGAAGCCUGAGGAGCAUGCCAUUAAGUUUGAGUAUAUUGGGCUGGGCGCUGUGGCUGACUGCGUGGGUGUCAACGUGACCGUGGGUGGUGAGAGCUGCCAGCACGAGUUCCGGGGGGACAUGGUUGUCUGCCCCCUGCCCCCAUCCCUGCAGCUUGGCCAAGAUGGUGCCCCAUUGCAGGUCUGCGUGGAUGGUGAAUGUCAUAUCCUGGGUAGAGUAGUGCAGCCAGGGCCAGACGGGGUCCCACAGAGCAUGCUCCUUGGUAUCCUGCUGCCUUUGCUGCUACUAGUGGCCGCACUGGCCACUGCACUGGUCUUCAGCUACUGGUGGCAGAGGAAGCAGCUAGUUCUUCCUCCCAACCUGAAUGACCUGGCAUCCCUGGACCAGACUGCUGGAGCCACACCCCUGCCUAUUCUGUACUCAGGCUCUGACUACAGAAGUGGCCUUGCACUCCCUGCCACUGAUGGUCUGGAUUCCACCACUUGUGUCCAUGGAGCAUCCUUCUCCGAUAGUGAAGAUGAAUCCUGUGUCCCACUGCUGCGGAACGAGUCCAUCCAGCUAAGGGACCUGGACUCUGCGCUCUUGGCUGAGGUCAAGGAUGUGCUGAUUCCCCAUGAGUGGGUGGUCACCCACAGUGACCGAGUCAUUGGCAAAGGCCACUUUGGAGUUGUCUACCACGGAGAAUACAUAGACCAGGCCCAGAAUCGAAUCCAGUGUGCCAUCAAGUCACUAAGUCGCAUCACAGAGAUACAGCAGGUGGAGGCCUUCCUGCGAGAGGGGUUGCUCAUGCGUGGCCUGAACCACCCGAAUGUGCUGGCUCUCAUUGGUAUCAUGUUGCCACCUGAGGGCCUGCCGCAUGUGCUGCUGCCCUAUAUGUGCCAUGGUGACCUGCUCCAGUUCAUCCGCUCACCUCAGCGGAACCCCACCGUGAAGGACCUCAUCAGCUUUGGCCUGCAGGUAGCCCGCGGCAUGGAGUACCUGGCAGAGCAGAAGUUUGUGCACAGGGACCUGGCUGCACGGAACUGCAUGCUGGAUGAGUCAUUCACAGUCAAGGUGGCUGACUUUGGUUUGGCCCGCGACAUCCUGGACAAGGAGUACUAUAGUGUUCGACAGCAUCGCCACGCUCGCCUGCCUGUGAAGUGGAUGGCGCUGGAGAGCCUGCAGACCUAUAGAUUUACCACCAAGUCUGAUGUGUGGUCAUUUGGUGUGCUGCUGUGGGAACUGCUGACACGGGGUGCCCCACCAUACCCCCACAUCGACCCUUUUGACCUCACCCACUUCCUGGCCCAGGGUCGGCGCCUGCCCCAGCCUGAGUAUUGCCCUGAUUCUCUGUACCAAGUGAUGCAGCAAUGCUGGGAGGCGGACCCAGCAGUGAGACCCACCUUCGGAGUACUAGUGGGGGAAGUGGAGCAGAUAGUGUCUGCACUGCUUGGGGACCAUUAUGUGCAGCUGCCAGCAACCUACAUGAACUUGGGCCCCAGCACCUCGCAUGAGAUGAAUGUGCGUCCAGAACAGCCUCAGUCCUCACCCAUGCCUGGUAGUGCACGUCGGCCCCGGCCACUCUCAGAGCCUCCUCGGCCCACUUGACUUAGUCCUUGGGCUGGACCUGCUUAGCUGCCUUGAGCUAACCCCAAGCUGCCUCUGGGCCAUGCCAGGCCAGAGGGCAGUGGCCCUCCACCUUGUUCCUGCCCUUUAACUUUCAGAGGCAGUAGGUAAAUGGGGCCCAUUAGGUCCCUCACUCCACAGAGUGAGCCAGUGAGGGCAGUCCUGCAACAUGUAUUUAUGGAGUGCCUGCUGUGGACCCUGUCUUCUGGGCACAGUGAACUCAGCAGUGACCACACCAACACUGUCCCUUGAACCAAUAAAGGAACAAAUGACUAUUAAAGCACAAAUUGUGGCAAAUAGUGUGAAAGAAUGACAGGAGGCUGCUAUAAAUAGCUGAAUAGAGAGGCAAGGGAAACCUCCGAGGAGGUGACAUUUUGCUGAGGCCCUAUCAACCGGGGAAAAACCACCAGAAGCAGUGUUGAGGAAAGAGGGUUUUUGGCAGAGAGUCACACGUGCAAAGGCCCUGAGGCUGGAAAGGAGUUGGAUCAGCAAGAAGGCUCUUGAGAACAGGGAGGGUGAGCAAGGCCCAGAUCCAGG